AUGACGCCAGUCUACAAUUUAAAAACGAACAUACAAUCCUAUGGACAAACAGUAAAAAUGUGUAAGUUACUUCUCGAAGCUGAUAGUUAUUUUAAAGGCAAAGAUGUCAAUACGCAGAAAAUUAACGAAAAAUCAACCAUCAAAGGAUAUUGUAGUAGCGAUAGUUGUAAAACAAAUGAAGAACGUAUUAAUGCUUUGACCGUAUAUAUAUAUAUGGAAUUCAAAAAGCUAAUAAGAAUAACUGAUUAUAAUACGUAUGAUGAAUGCUUAUUGAUGUGGAUAAGUGAUAAAUUAUUUAGGAUACACGACAAAAGCAACCCCAAAAAGGUUAAAACACGUUAUAUUGAUACUAUUACUUUAAAUAGUGCUUAUGAGAAAUAUUUAAAGGAUCAUAAAGUAAAAUUGAAGUAUUGGGAACUUUUUGAUAGUAUAAAGGGUUUGAAAGAAGCUAAUCUUAGGUAUAUGGCCGAAUUUUAUAAAUUACUUAAUAGAAUAUGUAAAACAAUUGGAGAUUAUAAAAAUAACGGUGCUGGAAGUAAUAAUCUUUCUAAAUAUUCUAAAAAUUGCCUUACUCAAUAUAGAAGCCUUUAUUUAAGCAUUUCUGAAUGCGACUCAUAUCUUCGUUUAUUGAAUAAAUUAAAAGGUAUAUAUGAUGAUUUUAGAGUUUCUGCUAUUAAGGAAAAUAGUUCAAACAUUAAUUUAGCAAUUAAGCUUCAAACACUUACAACACCAAAUGGAGAAGAGAUGGACGCGGUGAAAGGUUUUAAACAAUAUAAAAUCACUAAAAAAAGAUGUUAUUCUCAAAAAAAAAAAGCGGACCCACCACCAUCAUCACAAAAAUCUCAAGGAGGGUCAAAUGGUCAAGAUCCACCAAACAUUUCAGAUAGUAGUAAAAAAAAUACAGGGGGGGGUGGAAAUGGCGGAGACGUAAAUCCUGGUGAUGGAUCAAAUGGUCCCACAUCAAGUACAUCAGAAGGAUCCUUUGAUUGGGGGUCAUCAAUUUUUAAAUUUAUAUUAAAUGGAACGGAAAAUUUGAAAAAAACUUCCGAAUUUAUUGAUCAAAAUCAGAAAAAGAUUAAAGAAGUUACGGAUAAAAUCAUUAAUGUAUAUAAUGGCGCUAUGGAUGAUUUAAAAAAGGUUUACGAUAAAUCUAAUAAAUAUUUAAAUAAUUUUAUUAGUAAUGUAACUAGCCAUUUGAAUAGCAUCGGCGCUCCUUCUAAACCAGAUGGUAACCCGUCUGAACCCGAAAAAUCAAUAAAUGGAGGAGAUUCACCAAGCCAGUUACCAUCAAAUUCACCAACUCCACAAACAUCACAAAUUACACAAAAUUCUAAGGAACAAACUACAACGCAGCAAUCGCCUCAGGGGACAUCUGGAAACCAGAGUUCUGAUCAAAAAGAUCAAGGAGAAUCUAAAAUACAAGUGGAAACCCCAGUGAUAAAACAAGAAAAUUCUGGGACCAAAAUAAAAGGAAAUGAAACAACAGGAAUAGGUGAUAUCUAUGUACUCAAAAAAUACAAGAAACUUGGAACUUCAAUUAUAGUUCUUUUAAUACCCAUUACUUUAGCUAUUAUGUACAAGUAUUUGUCAUUUGGGCGGAGAAAGGAAUUGAAGAAAAAAACAAACAUGAAAAAAGUUAUAAAUUCAAUUGGAGGAAAAAAACAAAUACAAAUAAUUAUAAAAUCAUCUAAUCAAAAAAAGAAUACUAAAAAAUCUAUAAAUUCCGUUUAUAAGGAAAAAUCUCCACUAUUAAAUGUGUACAAACUUAUGCAGGCUGAUCCUGUGCCGUUUAUUAAUUUAUUUUUUUUAUUGAUUUUUUUUGUUUAUAAAAGAAAAGAAAAUUCUUUGGAAUGA